AUGGCGCCUUCGUUCGCCCCGAAUUCAGAAACACCCUCUCAGGUAGAUACGCCUAUGACUGAUGCUCAUGAGGAACCUGUCACAUCAGUACCUGUGGACGACGCGCAAAUGACGGGCUACCAGGACACUCCGGACUACACGGAUUCAGAUACAAACCCAAACACCACAGCAAGCAGUGUUGCAGGCGACACAAUCCCAGUCGAUGGCCGAAGGAAAAGGUCUGAGGCAUUCCAUUUAAGAAAGAGCAUCCUGGGCAAAAAGCACGGUCGUCUGGACGAGUCAAAGGAAGAUGAUUCAAUUCGGAGAUUCCGUUACCUUCUCGGGCUUACUGAUCUGUUUCGCCAUUUUAUUGAAACUAACCCUAAUCCACGGAUCAAAGAGAUAAUGGCGGAAAUCGAUCGGCAAAAUGCCGAGGAAGAGGCAAAUGCCAAGAAAGGGUCAUCGCGUUCAGGUGGUGCGGGUGGUGAUAGGCGUCGCAGGACGGAACAAGAGGAAGACGCAGAGCUAUUGAAAGAUGAGAGAAGCGGUGGCGAGACCCGCACCGUUUUCCGUGAAUCCCCACCCUUCGUCAAGGGAGAAAUGCGUGAUUAUCAAAUUGCUGGAUUGAACUGGCUUGUUUCUCUGCAUGAGAAUGGUAUUUCAGGUAUCCUUGCGGAUGAAAUGGGAUUGGGUAAAACCCUUCAAACCAUCUCUUUCCUUGGGUACCUUAGACAUGUUUGCGAUAUUACAGGACCUCACCUCGUCGCAGUGCCCAAAUCCACACUUGAUAAUUGGAAACGUGAAUUUCACAAGUGGACCCCCGAAGUCAAUGUCCUUGUUCUUCAAGGAGACAAAGAAGAGCGCCAUAGGCUAAUUAACGAACAGCUUCUUGAUGAGAACUUCGACGUGUGCAUUACGAGUUACGAAAUGGUCCUUCGGGAGAAAUCACACCUUAAGAAGUUUGCCUGGGAAUACAUCAUCAUUGAUGAAGCUCAUCGAAUCAAGAACGAAGAAUCCUCGCUCGCACAGAUCAUCCGUGUCUUUCAUUCUCGUAAUCGGUUGCUAAUUACCGGUACCCCGCUGCAGAAUAAUCUGCAUGAACUAUGGGCUCUUCUAAACUUCCUUUUACCAGAUGUUUUCGGUGAUUCGGAGGCCUUCGAUCAAUGGUUUUCUGGUCAAGACUCUGAUCAGGACACCGUUGUCCAGCAACUUCAUCGAGUGCUGCGACCCUUCCUACUCCGUCGUGUUAAGAGCGACGUAGAAAAGAGCUUGCUGCCCAAGAAGGAAGUCAAUCUUUAUGUGCCUAUGUCUGAAAUGCAGGUCAAAUGGUACCAAAAGAUUCUUGAAAAGGACAUUGAUGCCGUCAAUGGUGCAGCUGGAAAGCGCGAAUCUAAGACCCGAUUAUUGAACAUUGUUAUGCAACUUCGUAAAUGUUGCAACCACCCCUAUCUUUUUGAAGGAGCCGAGCCUGGCCCUCCUUACACAACGGACGAGCACCUUGUUUAUAAUGCUGGCAAGAUGUCCAUUCUGGACAAACUCUUAAAACGUAUGCAGCAACAGGGAAGUCGCGUUCUUAUUUUCUCCCAAAUGAGUCGUGUGCUUGAUAUCUUGGAAGACUACUGUGUCUUCAGGGAAUACAAUUAUUGCCGUAUUGACGGCACGACAGCCCACGAGGAUCGUAUCGCUGCAAUUGAUGAGUACAACAAGCCGGGGUCGGAGAAAUUUGUCUUCUUGCUCACCACUAGGGCGGGAGGUCUCGGUAUCAACUUGACAACUGCAGAUAUCGUUGUCUUGUACGACAGCGAUUGGAACCCUCAAGCUGAUCUGCAGGCCAUGGACCGUGCUCAUCGUAUUGGGCAGACGAAACAAGUGGUCGUAUUCAGAUUUGUAACAGAGAAUGCAAUUGAGGAGAAGGUCUUGGAACGUGCGGCCCAAAAGCUGCGAUUAGAUCAGCUUGUCAUCCAACAAGGUCGAGCACAGCAACAGACGAAAAAUGCCGCGUCAAAGGAGGAAUUGCUUGGUAUGAUUCAACAUGGAGCUGCCAACGUUUUCAGCAAUGAAACCUCGAAUUCAUCCUUGAAUGCCGACAAACAAAUCUCGGAUGACGAUAUCGACGCCAUUUUACGUAAAGGCGAGGAGCGAACCGCAGAAUUAAGCAAGAAAUAUGAGAAGCUUGGUAUCGAUGACUUACAAAAGUUUAGCUCUGAAAGCGCAUACGAAUGGAAUGGAAAGGAUUUCACGGAUCGCAAGAAGGACAUUGGUCUCAAUUGGAUCAAUCCGGCGAAACGUGAGCGGAAGGAGCAGUUCUAUUCUAUAGACAAGUACUACCGCCAGGCGUUAGCUACUGGUGGAAGGACGGCCGAUCCCAAACCGAAAGUGCCUCGGGCACCUAAGCAGAUCGCUGUUCACGAUUGGCAAUUCUUCCCUCCAGGCCUCCAAGAACUACAGGAGAAAGAGACCGCCUAUUUCCACAAGGAAAUCGGCUAUAAGGUUCCACUUCCCGACGGACCCGAUGAGGAACUUAGCGAGCGCGAAGCCGAGCGCGAUUUAGAGCAGCAAGAAAUCGAUAAUGCCGUGCCAUUGACGGAGAAAGAGCAAGCGCAGAAGGCGGAGAUGUCGGAAGAAGGCUUCUCUACUUGGAACCGCCGUGAUUUCCAACAAUUCAUUAAUGGGUCGGCCAAAUUUGGGCGUACUGAUUACGUCGGGAUCGCUACUGAAGUGGAUAGCAAAGAGCCGGACGAAGUUGAGGAGUACGCUAAAGUCUUCUGGAAGCGAUACACUGAGAUUCAAGACUACCCGAAGUAUCUCCGCGUCAUUGAACAAGGAGAAGAGAAACUGCGGAAGAUGAACCACCAGCGAAAGAUGCUUCGCAAGAAGAUGGAGAUGUAUCGCGUUCCGCUUCAGCAACUCAAGAUCAAUUACACUGUGUCUACGACUAACAAGAAGGUGUAUACCGAAGAAGAAGAUCGAUUCUUACUCGUGAUGCUGGACAGGUAUGGAGUCGACGGUGAGGGCCUGUACGAGAAAAUCCGGGAUGAAAUCCGCGAGUCUCCACUCUUCCGGUUCGAUUGGUUUUUCCUUAGCCGGACACCUGUCGAAAUUGGCCGCCGUUGUACUACCUUAUUGAACACCGUUGCGAAGGAGUUUGAAGUUGCUGAUGUGAAGACUAAUGGGGAGUCUGGCAAGGGCCGUGGGCGUGAUCGAGACGAUGAGGAUGCUGAGAACGACGACGACGGAGCCCCUGUUAAAAAGAAGAACAAAGGCGGCGCGGUGAAUAAGCAGGUCAAAGCUGUCAAAGGCAGCACCAAAGCGAAUUCUACAUCCACAUCGCGGGCAGCCAGCGUCUCAUCCAACACGGCAUCCAAGGCAAAAAGUCGCAAGAAGUAA